AUGUCUCUCGCAACCCUUGAUACAACCCAACACCCCCACCUCCCCGCCGCCUCCACAACCCUAUUCCAAGCCAAGGCCGCCAAAGCCCUCACCUUCGAACAAAUCGCCCAGCACAUCGGCCGGAACGAAGUCGCCACGGCAGCCAUCUUCUACGGCCAAGCCAAGGCCUCGCCGGAAGACAUCGACAGCCUGGCUUCGCUCCUGGAUAUUCCCGGGACGGUUCUCCGCGAGCAGCUCGCCGGGUUCCCGGAUCGCGGGCGCUCCGUGGACAUGCCGCCCCGGGAGCCCCUGAUUUACCGGUUGUAUGAGAUUGUGCAGAACUAUGGGUAUGCGUAUAAGGCGGUGCUGAAUGAGAAGUUUGGGGACGGGAUUAUGAGUGCGAUUUCGUUCUCGACCAAGGUGGAAAAGGAGACGGAUGCGGAGGGGAAUCAUUGGGCGGUUAUUACGUUGCGUGGGAAGUGGUUGCCUUUUUCGAGAUUUUAAUGGGAUAUUUUUUUUAUUAUAUUUUUUUUUUCCAUUGUGGUUCUGUUGAAUGAAUGUAAAUGUCACACUGAGUUCUAUUGUGUUAGUAGUGUCAAGCUAUAACAUAUGUAACAUAACUUCUCUCUCACACAUACUCUCUCUCUCUCUCUCUCUCUCUCUCUUCACUCCCUACCCAACGAUCCUUCUUUCAUCAAUUAAAUCAUUAAUCAUG